UCCCUCACUCAAACAGUCGCUCCUGCUCUCCACGUGCACAAACUUCUCUCUGUACUACCAGGGAAAGGGAACAAGUUUGUUGGCUUCUGGAACUCUGCAAGAUCUGGUUCACACGCUUUGACAUUUCAAAAUACACCUGGAGGAACCUUUGGCAAAGAACUUUUUGAGGACUUUGAGAAGGUCUAAGGACUCUGAGAAGGUUUGAGAACUUGAAAAGCUGGAGUUCAACCUCUAUCCCACCAUGGACCCCACGGAAUAUCCGGACACCUAUGACUACUAUGAAGACAACGAGACUGCAUGUGACUAUUCAGAGUGGGAACCAUCCUAUUCCCUCAUCCCCGUGCUCUACAUGCUCAUUUUUAUCCUGGGUCUUUCUGGGAACGGUGUGGUCAUCUUCACAGUCUGGCGCUCCAAGUCAAAGCGCCGUGCAGCUGAUGUUUACAUUGGCAAUCUGGCCCUUGCUGACCUGACCUUCGUGGUGACCCUGCCACUCUGGGCUGUGUACACAGCUCUUGGGUACCACUGGCCUUUUGGUGUGGCCCUGUGCAAGAUCAGCAGUUAUGUGGUGCUGGUCAACAUGUACGCUAGCGUCUUCUGCCUCACCUGCUUGAGCUUUGACCGCUACCUGGCCAUCGUCCACUCGCUGUCCAGCGGCCGGCUACGCUCUCGAGGUGCCAUGCUGGCUUCUCUAGGCGCAAUCUGGCUGCUGUCUAUGACUCUGGCCAUCCCGACCCUUCUCUUCCGGACAACGGUGGACGAGGCAGACAGCAACCGCACCAGCUGUGCCAUGGACUUCAGUCUGGUGGCCUUUAAUCGGCACCACGAAUCGCUCUGGAUUGCCGGCUUAAGCUUAUCCUCGUCUGCCCUGGGCUUCCUACUGCCGUUCCUGGCCAUGACUGUGUGCUACUGCUUCAUUGGCUGUACCGUUGCCCGCCACUUCAGUCACCUGCGCAAGGAGGACCAGAAGAAACGACGACUGCUUAAGAUCAUCACCACACUGGUUGUGGUCUUUGCUUUCUGCUGGACGCCGUUUCACGUCCUCAAGAGCAUGGAUGCCCUAUCCUACCUGGACCUGGCACCCACCUCCUGUGGCUUCCUGCACUUUCUUCUGCUGGCCCACCCUUACGCCACCUGCUUGGCCUACGUCAACAGCUGCCUCAAUCCGUUCCUGUACGCCUUCUUUGACCUGCGCUUCCGUUCACAGUGCCUGUGCCUCCUGAACCUGAAGAAGGCGGUGCACGGGCGCAUGAGCUCCAUGUCGUCCACCCUCAGCGCCCAGACCCAGAAGUCCGAGGUGCAGUCGCUGGCCACCAAAGUGUGAGAAAACUCAGGGUUCGGGGGAGCGCUUGAUGGGGCAGUUAGAGAAAAGGGCAAAAGGUGAGAGGACCCCGCGGUGGGACAAGUGUGGAAGCGGCCAGACGGCUGGAACCAAGCUGGCUGGCGUGGCUUGGCUGGGCCAAGCCCUUAUAAACCACGAAUGUUGCUUUGACUGUAUGAGAUGAGAUAAAGGACAUCUACGUUUCUAUCUCCCGCUUUUUUUCUCAGAGUCUCUCCUUAUCUCAGUCUCCCAUUUAAAAGCAAUGGGGCGGUUUGUAGCCGCACUAGAGAUUAGAGUGAGGCCAGUCAGUAUGUGUGUCCUGACUAGAGAAAUGACUGAUGAACUGAUGAGAGAACUGAACUGCUGUAGACUAUUAAGUGUUGAAAAAAUGGACUGCUAAGUGCUAUAAGUGUACAGUAUGUAAAUAACAUGUUAUUUUUCUGUUUUUUGUGUAUUCUACUGUAAGAAAAAUGCUUGUGUGUCAUUGUGAAUGUGUUUGUGUGCGUGCGUACGUGUGUAUGUGUGGGAUGUGUGUGUAUCAGUGAGUUUCUCCAUCCUGCAAUGUGUCUCCCACAGAUACUGACUGGAAUUAACUGUAGCAAAGCCACAGGGAUGCAAAUCACGCAAACCUGUGGCUCAUACGUGAACGUCUGUGUGUGUAUUAAAGUGUGUAUGAGAGUGUGUGUGUGCAUACACUGGUCUAAAAGUUCAAAUUGUACAGUAUUUUCAUACUAUUUUUCCUGCUAAAUCCUGCAACUUCAGAAGUGUAUUUAGUGUCUGUAGCACUUGUGUAAAUGAAGAUAUAAAAGUAUAAUGAAGCUUUCA